GUUUUCUUCGUUGAAUAGUAGCAUCGAUAUAAAUAGAGGGGAGGGGAAAGCAAAGCGGUCAGGGCAGCCAAACCAGAAAACUCAUCCAUAUUUAGCACACAGAAGAAAACGGGACGACGCCAUUGGAAUAUCAUCCAAUUCAUAACACCAAUCUUUUCAAUCCCUCCCCCCAAAAAUUAGCCACCGCCAGAAUAGGAAGAGAAAGAGAGAAAAUUACCAUGGGUGGUCUCCGUUCCUCUAAAAUUUCCUUAUUCCCGCCGGCUCUCUUCUUUUCGUCGCUGCUGUUUCUUCUAUCCUCUAUCGCCGACGGAGCAACCCCGUCGUCGUCUUCUUCUUCUUUCAACCUUUCCACGUUGGCCUUCGACGACGCCUACUCCCCACUCUUCGGCGACGGCAACGUCCUCCGCUCACCUAAUGGCCGCUCCGUCCGCCUCCUCCUCGACCGCUCCUCCGGUUCGGGGUUCAUAUCAUCGAAAAUGUACAACUACGGAUUCUUCAGCGCCAACAUCAAGCUCCCCGGCGAGUACACAGCUGGCAUAUGCGUCGCCUUCUACACGUCAAACGGCGACGUGUUCGAGAAGAGGCACGACGAGCUGGACUUCGAGUUUCUGGGUAACGUGAGGGGGAAGCCGUGGCGGUUUCAGACCAACUUGUACGGAAACGGCAGCACCCACCGUGGGCGGGAGGAGAGGUACAGCCUCUGGUUCGACCCGGCCAAGGAAUUCCACCGCUACAGCAUCCUCUGGACGCCCGACCAAGUCAUAUUCUACAUUGACGACGUCCCAAUUCGAGAAAUAAUCCGAAACGACGAAAUGGGCUCGGAGUACCCAUCCAAGCCCAUGUCCCUCUACGCCACCAUAUGGGACGCUUCCACUUGGGCCACCUCCGGCGGCCGGUUCAAGGCCGACUACAAGUACGCCCCCUUCGUCGCCGAAUUCAAGGACCUCGCCCUCGACGGCUGCCCGCUCGAAGCCGUCCAGCAGGUCGCGUCGGCGGCGGAGGAAUUGGACUGCUCCGACAGCCACGCCCGGCUCGCCGCCGCCGAUUACUCCACCAUUUCCCGAAAGCAGCGGUACGCCAUGCGGAGGUUCCGGCAGCGGUACCUCUACUACUCCUACUGCUACGACACGCUCCGGUACCCGAUCCCGCCGCCGGAGUGCGUGAUCAACCCGAUGGAGAAGGAGAGGUUUAAGGACACCGGGAGGCUGAAAUUCGGCGGCAGCCACCGGAGCCCUAAACGGCGGUCCAAGAGAAGGAGCCGGGCUCGGGUUGUCCCGGUUAUUGUUGAGGACCCGGAUAUGUGAUUUUCCCGUUUUUUGUGAAGUUUGUUUUAUUCCGGGGGUUGAUUUAUCUAUAUGAUUAGUUUAUAAUUAGUAAUUAAUUACCAUUGCCCACCUGUAAAUUGAAAGCUCCAUCUCUGUCUCUCCCCCUCAGUCUCUUGUAAUAUAUCUGUUUCUUCAUUUCCCUCUUUGAGUUUUGGUAUAUGCAAUAAAGGAAGCAAUUGGUUCUUCAUCUUACAAC